AUGUCGAACCAGGUGGUGGGCGCCGUCUACCAGCAGAUCAUCGAUAAGGUGAUUGCGGUCUCCAACAACGACUUUGAGGAGUUUGGCGUAGACCACUCUACCCUCAACGAGCUGAAGCAGGGCUGGCAAGAGAAGCUAUCUGCACUCAAAGUUGCGCAGUUUCCGUGGGAUCCGCAGCCUGAGCCUGUUCGCCAGCCGCCCACGGUGCCAUCCAAUGUCAAGGUUGACACUGAUACACCUGUGUCGGCAUCUCAGGAGACGCUCAACUUUCCGAAUGUGCCAAUGAAGGCAGAUUCUGGUUAUGCACCGCCCGUCACCAACUAUUCCAAUCAGGCACAGACGACUGACGGGUCUGGUUACAACGGUGGAUAUGCGCAGAACACACAGCUGGCACAACAACGUGCCAAUGCCCUAGUACAGCAACGUAUACUUCAACAAGGUCAACCACAGCAGCAAGGUUAUGCUCAGUUGCCUAUGCAGGGUCAGCCACAAACCCAGCAGCAGCAGCAGCAGCAGCAGCAACAACAACAGCAGCGCAUGAUGACUCAACACCAGCAACAGCAUUCUCAACAGCAUUCGCAGCAUCCCCAGCAGCAGCAGCAGCGCCCACAGCAACAGCAGUCACUGACACAGCAACAGCGCGCUCCCCAGCAAGGCCAAGUCUACACAUCACAGACGGAUGGGUCGGGCGAUGCGCUGGCGGAUUGGGAGGCGUUGAAGGCUGCCCGAGCUGCUAGUAUCGAAGAACAAAUUGCUGCCGAUCAGUUCAUGCGCGCUCGUGUAGAUGCCAUGGCCAUGCGCCAGGACAGCGGACUCAUGGUGCCGCUCGACUCUAUGCCGAAAGGCAGGAAGCGCAAGGCAGCUGUCCGCGUGUUGCAGUGCGAGGAUGCAGAAGCUUCAUCGAGUGCACCAGCACCAGCUCGCUUUGACGGAGAAGAGGACGUCAAGCCCGAAGAAGAUCCAGAUGACGCGAUCAAUUCGGAUCUCGAUGACCCAGAAGAUGAGCUCAACGAUGGCGACAACAGUGACGACGACAUGGUUGACUACAUGCUGUGCACCUAUGACAAGGUCCAGCGUGUGAAGAACAAGUGGAAGUGCACCCUCAAGGAUGGCAUUCUUACGACAAACAAGAAGGAAUAUCUCUUCCACAAAGCAAAUGGUGAAUUCGAAUGGUAG